AUGCGUUUAUCGCGAGGAGUUAAAUAUUCGUUGAAUCAUUUGCGCGAAGUGACGGCAGUGCUAGAAAGAGAGAUUCCAACUAAUAAAGUCUACGCUAUUUUUACGUUGCACCUCCACAAAGCCGUUCCAAUCUUAGUGUUAAAGUCGGUAUCGAUCGACUUACCAGGCGAUACUUCUUGA